AUCUUGUGGAUAAGAGAUUCUGAAGCUAGGGUGCUAUCCAUCUAGCAAUCGAGCUUCUUCAGCAAAACUACAAAAGAACACUAUGUCGAGCAACGUGGAUUCAAAGACAUCCAACAAAGCCUCCUAUCCUCUUGCAUCUUAAGCCAUUGAAACAACAGCAGCUCAAUCCCAACAUAUUUACUCUUCUUACCUUCUCCAUUGCAUAUAUAAUAGACACAGCUAGCUUUGUUGUACCAUUGAAUCAAUCAUCAAUUUUGCAGCAAUAGCUAGACAAUCAGCGAGACAAAGUCACAAAACCAUGGCUUCUGCAGAUGCUAUCCUGUCUUCGCAGGUGGCCGGUGAAUGCCUGAAGAUCAACAAGCUGGCAGCAGCAAGCCCAGUGAAAGUAGUGCAGGUGCAGAAGCCGAGCAAAGAGACGAAGAACAUCAGCGGUGCACCUGUAGCUGCCGCUGCCGUCAGGGUGGUUGUGAGCAAGCAAGUGAUGAAGCCACGGUUUGCCGUGGAGCUGGAUGGGCUCAACUGCUUCGAGACACUUGUCCCUCGCUGAUGAUAUCAUGAAGCGCACACACGAGCUGCUAGCUGUGUUCCAUCUGAUUUGUUGAUUUUCUGGUCAUUAUUUUUGCGGGGUUAUAUUAUAUUUGUUCAAAUUUUCUAUGAGUUGGAUCCUUUCGCACGCGCGAUUAUGUAUUUUCUUUCUUUGAAGUGAUAUGUGUAAUUUGCUCUUACGAGUGAUUCCGACUGUGAAGUAUUAUUUGUUAUAUAAAGAUAUACGUGCUAUUGAUAUCUCA